AUGGGCGCUAUCCUCAGUCUUGUCCUCAGUCUCAUCAGGCCGAAGUACACCCCGAGCCUGUAUUUCCCAAUCCAACCGGCUUACUUUGAAUAUCGGAAGGCUAGACAUUCUAAUGAGUCUAUAAGGACGUCAUUGAGAGAUGUUGUUGAAAAGCAUUGUCCGAGCUUGCUACGGGAGUAUCGUGCCGUAUGGUGGCUACCGGGAGGUCAUGCACAGACAGGAUACUGUGUGACUGGUGAUUUUUCGCAGGUGGACAAAGUAAACUAUGAUCGUAAGCUUCUGCGGUUAAAGGAUGGAGGCACAUUAGGUCUGGACUUUACCCCACUGUCCAGUGAACGGACUCUUCCCGAUGACACGCCCAUAAUCGUGGUUAUGCAUGGUUUAACUGGAGGUUCUCAUGAGGCGUAUGUGCGAUCCAUCUUGGCCCCAGCAUGUUCGUCCGUAGAGCAAGGCGGCCUGGGCUACAGAGCGAUGGUGGUCAACUUCCGCGGUUGUGCUGGGACGCCCGUCACGAGCCCUCAGCUCUAUUCUGGCGGCCACACCGACGAUUUGCGCCAGGCGCUCAUGUAUCUUUCGAAACUCUACCCAGAAGCACCUCUCAUCGGGUUAGGGUUCUCACUCGGCGCCAACGUCGUAGCUCGGUACCUUGGGCAGGAAGGCAACAGAAGUCGCCUGCUGGCCGCAGCUGUAUUAGGAUGUCCAUGGGAUCUGGUCAAGAAUAGCGAGAGAAUCGAAGGCGACCUUUUGUAUCGCGAAGUAUACUCGAAAGCUCUAGGCCAGAAUCUGCUCAAAAUGCUCAGAGUCAAUGCAGCUCAUCUCUCGCGGCUCGCGGCGCCACAUAGCCCAACGGCCAAAGCGCUGGCCGAUACGCUGCAGCUAGAGAGGCCGUACCUGAAACAAUUCGACGCGAAUUGGACGUGUCGCGCCGGUGCGAUGUACCCGCCUUUUCCCAUGGACUCCGCCGAGCAAUAUUACAAGUGGGCCAGCUCCUCGCAAUAUGUGCAUGACAUACGGGUUCCACUCCUGUGCAUCAACGCAGGGGACGACCCGAUUGUCCGUGAUCUGCCGAUCGAUGAGGUGAGGAAGAACGGGUGGGUAUGUCUGGCGGUAACGACGCACGGAGGCCACCUCGGGUGGUUUGAGAGUCCGGAUAAAGGUGAUCGCGAGGCUACUGGGUUCUUUGGCGUUAGGCGGUGGGUAAGGAAGCCGGUGAUAGAAUGGUUUAAGGCUACGGCAGAGCAUUUGGUCGGGGAGCAGAGGGAGCUUCCAAAGUUAUACGAGCAAGAUGGAUGGACGGUUGAGAAAGGUAGGGAGGAUCUAGGAUUUAGAGAAGUUGAAGGAGGUGGGAAAGUCGUGGGUGUCGAAGGGGAGGAGGGACUACUCUCCGGAUUAUAG